GUUACAAACUAAAAAUGUUGUUGGACAACUGUCAAAGUCAUAUGGUGUGUCAAUACCAGCGAGUCUCUUUGUUUUCCUCGAUUUUCUUCGUAAAAAUAAUUUAGAAAAUUAGAAAGUUCUACUAGAUGUCCGUCUAAUAUCUAAUAAAUGAUAGAUUUGCUUAGGAGAAUAAUUAAGACCAUUUCUAAUAUGCGUUUGAAGGGUUUUGUUCUGACAAAAUCAUGAUGGAGGUAGUUAAUCACAUUUGUAAAUAAAUGCAAUAUAAGCAUAUUAUAACAAUAUAAAAAUGGGCAAUUGCUUGAAGAGAUCUACAACAGAUGAUAUAUCUCUUCUAAGGGGAAGUGAUAGUAUUAGAGAGGCAUCUUCAGAUCCUGUUGGAUUACCAAGUUAUCAGGAAGCCUUAUCUGUGCAAGUUCCCCCUCCUUUAUAUCAUCCUUCACCUAGUGUUACAAGAUCUGUAACACAGUUAACAGAAGAAGAGCAAAUUAAAAUUGCAAAACGUAUCGGACUGAUUCAACAUCUUCCAACUGGAAAAUAUGAUGGAUGUAAAAAAAUACGAGAAUGUGUUAUAUGUAUGGGUGAAUUUAUGGUAGGAGAUGCACUUCGCUAUCUUCCUUGUAUGCACACCUAUCAUAUGACAUGCAUUGAUGAUUGGCUCAUGCGGAGUCUUACAUGUCCCAGCUGCAUGGAGCCUGUUGAUGCUGCUUUACUCACUAGCUACGAGACCAAUUGAAGGACAGUGCCUUUUGUAUAGAAUAAUUUUGAGUAUCAAAUACAUAUUAGUAGGCAAAUCUGUUAAAUUUUGUCCUCUUGAGUGGCUUUGCUGGUCCUCACAGAAAAUAUAAUUAUUUUUAAAUCACUGAUAUAAAAUAACUUUAUAUAUUUCUAUGAGUGCAUCUAUAGCGCGUCACAUUUCUUUAAACUAGAUGUAUCAAUAUAAUGAUAUAUGCAUUGUUUAAAGGUUGCGAUAUUAUCCAACAUCACUAAACAAAAACUCUUCAGAUUUGCCUUUCUAUUUGUAAUAAAUUUGUAGUGUUAUAUAGUAAAUACUGUGAUCUGGAUUUCCUGUUGGCACGAAUGUAUAAUUUUUGUGUGGCUGUGAAAAUUGUUUAUUUCUAAAAUAAUUAUACUUAACAAAUUUUGGAGUUUAAAAUUAUCCAAAAACAAAAAAAAAUAAUAUAUAGUUUAGAAAAUAAUUUUUAUAUUUUAGAUUCGUAUGUAUAUUUGUUUCAGAGAAUAAGGAACGUACUAAUUCUGACAUAAUAUUAGGGCUAUUAUUUCCCAUAAGUGAAAAAAAUUACAGGUUUGAAAGUGCGUGUUCAAAAAGUAAAAUAAAAAAAAAUAGUCAUUUUAGAUGGUGAUAGUUCUUGUGUAAUAUUUAUAAAUCAAAAUAUAAGUAACUAUUAAAACUUAUUUUAUCCAAGAUAUAGAGUUUAAAAGCAAAGUGAUUAUGUUGUCACCUGUAGAAUUAUUGUAAUGUUCAAUAAACCUAUAUAAUAAUGUUAGAGGAUUUAUCAGCUGCUUUGCUUUUUAUCCGUUCCUUAUAUGGGUUUAUAUAGGUAUAUACAUUAAUAUCCAAUUUUGCAAUAAACGAUAUUAAAGUUUA